GAGGAGAGAAAGCAGAGGAGGCGUGUGUGUGUGUGCGCAUCUGUGCAGUGAGAGUAAAAGCACGGCGACUACUUCUUCUCUUUUUUGUGGAGUGAGUGUUGGUGGCUCGGUGUGUGUGUGUGAGGAGACAGAGAAGUACAUGUGUGUCUGUAUUGUUGAAGGAGAUGCUGCUGGGUGUGAUGGCUCUUUUGCAUUAGUGCUUGUGCGGACAGGAGAGUUGGAGCCAGUUGUUUUGUGGGACUCGCGUGGAAUGGCAAACUCUACGGUAUCCUUGGAAACAUCAGACUAAAUGACAAUGGCUGAGGCUAUCUGCUGCACUUUGGUGAACUGUAACUGUGACAGCUUCAAGCCUGGGAAGCUGAAGAGGCGGCAGUGUGAAAACUGCAAGCAUGGCUGGGUAGCACACGCCCUGAGUAAGCUGAAGGUGCACCACAUGUACCAGAGCAGCCAGGUGGAGAUUGUGCACUCCAACGUGGUGUUCGAUAUCUGCAGCCUGAUGCUGUACGGCACCCAAGCCAUCCCCAUCCGCCUCAAGAUCCUCCUGGACCGCCUUUUCUCUGUCCUCAAGCAGGAAGAGGUCAUCCAGAUCCUCAAUGCACUUGACUGGACACUGCAGGACUACAUACGAGGAUAUGUGCUCCAGGAUAUAGCAGGAAAGGUGCUGGACCGGUGGGCCAUCAUGACGUUCGAGGAGGAGAUUGCCACACUGCAGCAGUUCUUACGUUUUGGCGAGACCAAGUCCAUAGUGGAGCUGAUGGCUCUGCAGGACAAGGAGGGUCAGGCAGUUUUGGUUCCUAGUACCCGCACCAACUCAGAUAUCCGCACUUUCAUUGAGCGCAACACCCCACGCACUGCUGCCAACCUCUCUACAUCCAAAGUUGAUAAGCUGAGUGGUAACAGCAUGCACCACUUUGAGAACUUUAUCAACAGCAUGGCCUUCAUGCUGCCAUUCCAACUGUUAGGCUCUGUUCCUGCACCGUUUCUGGGCUCACCAACAGGGGCACUACAGCAGCAGCACCAGCAACACCAGCAACACCAGCAGCCAUGCCGUGGAUCAUUGGAGCAGCAGAAUCAAAGGCGAGAUGAUCAAGGGCGGGAGGGUGUCGGUAGGGACAGCCUCCUCCCUCUUUCACACCUUCCAGAGAAUAGCCUGCUAGGUUCCAGCUCUGUCUCUUUCACUGCUGAUCUAGAACGAAGUGGAGACAAGCCAAUGGAUAGCCUCUCCACCACGACAAAGAUUGAGGCAGAGGACUUCUCCACUAGUGACAACUACUCGGAUGGACCCUCAACUCCAUGCACACCCUCCAUGAGCUCUGAUGUAACACAGAUGUCACCUGAUGGCAAGCUGCGCUCCCUAGACAGGAACGGGAGUGGCGGUGGAGGGGUGUCAGGAGGUUCCCUGAAGAAGGGUCGCGUAUUUUGCAACGCCUGUGAGAAGACAUUCUAUGACAAAGGCACAUUGAAAAUCCACUACAAUGCAGUACACCUGAAGAUAAAGCACAAGUGUACCAUAGAGGGCUGCAACAUGGUGUUCAGCUCGCUGCGCAGCCGCAAUCGCCACAGUGCCAACCCAAACCCGCGGCUACACAUGCCAAUGAACCGUAACAACCGGGACAAAGACCUGCGGGGAAGCUUGUCUGCUGAUGAGGGCUCUCAAGGAGAGAAAAGGCCUGAAUAUGGAACCUCCAUUCCUGUCUGCUCUGCAGAGAGCCACAAGUCAGUGUCCAGCUACAUGGUGAGCCAUGUGGACACGGGCUCCAAACUCCACAGCAGCUCGUUCCCCAGCAUGGGCCAGAGUGGCAUCCUCUUCCCCAAUUUAAAAACAGUACAGCCAGUCCUGCCUUUCUACCGCAGCCUGGUAACCCCAGCAGAGCUUGCCAACACCCCAGGAACACUACCCUCCCUUCCUCUGUUGUCUUCCUCUGUACCCGUCAAACCCAUCACAGCUCCUGAACCCUACAUGACAGACCCUAUACCAAAGAAAAAGUCUCGGAAGUCAAGCAUGCCAAUAAAGAUAGAAAAGGAGGCGGUAGAGCGAGAUGAGCAGAUGGAUAAGGAGAGCAGCUCUGAGGAAGAGGCUGUUCUGCAAGGCAGGGACAAAGAAGUGUGUAAUGGUGGUCGAGCAGAGGGGCAUAUGUGCGCAAGACAAGAUGGAGAGGAGAAGGAGGCAGGAGGGGCUUACAUUGGCGAACAGAAGGAAAGGGGGGCCGCCAAGCAUCUGUUGGACCAAACUUUAGAUAGAGAAAUGACAGAAAUAGAGGACAAAGAUGAUGGGCCAAUGCAAGCUGAAACAGGGGUCAUCACCUGUGCAUCCUCCCCCUUUGAAAACAGACUAAUGGAGAAUCACUGUGACAACAACUUACUCUGUCAGGAAGCCAAUGGCAAUGAAGAAAGGGAGGGCAGGGAGCAUGCAAGCUCCCUGCAUGCAGCUGACAAGAUUUCAGAGCUCAGAUGGGAUGACAGUGAGCACAGGCUGACCAACGGGAGCGCACCCCAGCUCAUAGACCGUGAGAGAGAGGAAACUGAUGGCUGUGUAGACGACUACAGUGACUCAGGUUUGUCUCACCUCGACCCUGACGCUGACCUGCCACACUACUGUGAGAUCUGCAGUAAAACCUUUAAGAACCCAUACAGCGUCAAGAUGCACUACCAAAAUGUUCACCUGAAGGAGAUGCAUAUGUGUACAGUGGAUGGCUGCAAUGCUGCCUUCCCCUCUCGCAGGAGCCGAGACAGACACAGUGCAAAUUUGAACCUGCACCACAAGCUGCUGACCAAAGACUCAUUCAGCCCAGCCAACACCCUCUAUUCACCCUCAUCCUACUGUAGAGAUAGAGACUCUGUUGGCCUGGACUACUGCCAAGACCAGCGGGACAGAGAUCUGCUCCAUCGAGACCCAACUAGCCAGACCUCGGUCAUCUUCCGAGGACACAACCCCAUGGGCCUGGUCUUCCCCAUGAGUAAAGUGUCUGCUGCAUCAUACAGUGCCGAGGCAUCUCCCUUAGGAGGGAUGGAGGGAUUAGAAGUUGGAGGAGAAGGUGGUGGAAGUGGGGAGGAUGGGGCAAUCCUGGACCUGAGCACCACCUCCUCUUCUGCUCCACCUCGUGGCAACAGCAGUGCUCGAUCUUCCUGGGACUCAGAUGGAGCCGGUAGUGAAGCAGGGGAAGAGAUUGAAGAGGAUGAGGAGGCACUCCCCAUGGAGGACAGCGAUGAAAGCUGCGAUGGGAUCGGCAUAGGAAGGCCUGGGGGUGAGGAGUUGGAACCUAGGGGAGAGAGGACCAUUGGGGGAGGACAACAGGGAGGUGGAGGUGGAUCUCCGAUAACCUGCCACGUCUGCCAAAAGGUCUACAGCAACAAGGGCACAUUCAGAGCCCAUUACAAAACUGUCCAUCUGCGACUGCUUCACAAGUGUAAAGUCCCUGGCUGUGAUAUAUCCUUCUCCUCUGUGCGAAGCAGAAACAGGCACAGCCAGAACCCAAACCUUCACAGAAACCUAGCUGUUAGCUCAGGUGCCACAAUGGACCAGGACUAGGGAUUUGAACAUGACUGAUUUCCUUUGUUCUAAUUGUCUGUUUGUUGUUGUUCAUUUUUGGGCACCAAAAGAAGGCUCACCAAUUAGCACUUUUAAAAUUCCAUACUGUAGUCUAUCAUCUUGUCAUGUUUUGGGAAAAUAGACAAAAUAAAGUACAAUCAGGAGUUCAUUUGUUAUUGCAAAUGCAACUUUCUUAUGGAGCAAAUGGCCUUUUCUGAAAUACAAAAACAGAUACAGCCAUGCAUGCAUCUGCAUAUGUUUACAACCUUAAUGAGUCUCAGUCUUUGUUUUGUAAUGCAGUACUGAUUCUUUCAUAUUGGUUUGUCUUACAGCCCAGUUUAGACCUUUUUAGACAUUUUUUUAUUUGUAUGAACUGAAUUUUUCCAUGUUGUCCAAAUGAGAGUUGAGCCAUGAAACUGUAUCAUGUGAGUGUUUUUUUUCUGGUGAUUUUGUUGUGUGAUUUAUGUCCACAUCUUCUCUGUGAAGCAGUGCAUAAUGUAUUCAAAAUCAGUAGUGAAGUAAGCUCUACAUGUGCCAUUUCAUUCAUUUGGAUAAUUGCCAUCAAAAAGAGUCUUUGUUGAAAAGCUAUAGUGUUGUGAGCUUGACCAAUAAGUUAAUUUGUGGUGUUAUGUGAAAUGUCUUUACUGUUCUGGUUGUUGCAUACUGCUAAUGUUGACCAAAGAUUUUUCAGUCCACAGGUGUGUAUAGAAGCCCCUUCAUACUUUGUGAGGGUUGUGCAGUAUUAAAAGGGCCCGUCCAGUCUUCUCUCAUCCACUUUGUGAUUAACAGCAGUAUUUAGGCUUGGGCUCUGUUGUAAAAUAAAAUAAAAAUCACCCAAAAAACAACUUUUGACUGAUUUGGGUGAAAAGAUAUCUUGAUUUUGGUGGUGUUUUUUGUCAAGAAAUCUGCUCAUGGGACUUGACUUGAUUAAGGCAUUGCUCUUGUAUUGUUUGUGUGGUUGCUUGACUGACUGGACAAACAGCAGGAACAUAUGCUGUGUCUGGAGACUAGAAGCAUGUACUGUGAAUGAGUCAAACACUGAGUUAUAGUAAUUUAAAAAAAAUGCAAUUUAUAAUAAUGGCCCCACACAUGAGCGCAGCCUAAAAAAUAACUGGUAAACAAAAUGUUUAUUGAGCUGUAUAUUCUGUGAAUAGAGUAAUUUGUUAUCUGAAAGAAACCAAAAAAUAUAAUGUAUAAAGUAGAAGAAUUUCACCACUAACAUUAUAUGUUUUUCUUUUCUUUUUUCAUAAAUGAAUGAACAAGAACAUUGUGUUGUACAUGUCUGAUUAUUUCACCACUGUUCUAGUUUUGCUGUUUAUUCUGCAUUUUUCCAUUCUGUAUUUAAAUGCAAUGGGCCAGAUUUAAGAUGUUUGUUGUUUGGAUUUGCUAAAAAAAUGGAGCAAAAACCGACAUGAUUAUAGGUGUUCAUGUUUCCUUUGAUUAAUGUUACAAUAUUCAUUCCAAUUAAAUAAAAAGCCAUAUGUUUGCAAGCCUCA